AUGCGCUCGAGCGCGAGCGCACUCACGUUUUCUCAGCUCGAGCGCUCGAUUCGUCCCAUACCUACUCAGAGUAAUCCAACAACAAAACCUGCCUAUUUAAAACAGCCGUCACUCGCAGCAGAAAUAAUUCUAGGCUUAUAUGAACGCGGUACCAUUCGUCCAAAAAAAAUAACCAAGGAAUUAGCCACUGGUCAUUAUGGCGAAAUAACGAAAUCUUAUCAGUCAGUCACUCAGCCAACAGCUGUCGGACGCGCGUAUAGUUAUUUUUAA